AUGCCAUUGGCGGGGAGGGGGGGGCUCCGGGGCGUGGCCUCCAAGAGCCGCCUGACGCUCUCCAUGGCCGUGGCCGCCGAGUUCCGCGACUACCUGGGCGACUUCAUCGAGCACUACGCGCAGCUGGGCCCGUCCAGCCCCGAGCAGCUGGCGCAGGCCGCGGGGCCGCCGGGCGAGGACGGCGCCGGGCCCCGCCGCGCCCUCAAGAGCGAGUUCCUGGUGCGGGAGAACCGCAAGUACUACAUGGAUCUGAAGGAGAACCAGCGCGGGCGCUUCCUGCGCAUCCGCCAGACCGUGAACCGCGGCCCCGGCGGCCCGGGGGGGUUCGCGGGCGGCCCGCCGGGGCUGCAGAGCGGCCAGACCAUCGCGCUGCCCGCGCAGGGCCUCAUCGAGUUCCGCGACGCCCUGGCCAAGCUCAUCGACGACUACGGCGGCGAGGAGGACGAGCUGGGCGGCCCCGGCGGCGGCGGCCCGGGCGGCGGGGGGCUCUACGGGGAGCUGCCCGAGGGCACGUCCAUCACCGUGGACUCCAAGCGCUUCUUCUUCGACGUGGGCUGCAACAAGUACGGCGUGUUCCUGCGGGUCAGCGAGGUGAAGCCGUCCUACCGCAACGCCAUCACCGUGCCCUACAAGGCCUGGGCCAAGUUCGGCGGCGCCUUCUGCCGCUACGCCGAGGAGAUGCGCGACAUCCAGGAGCGCCAGCGGGACAAGCUCUACGACCGGCGCGCCGGCCCGCCGGGACCCGGCAGCGGCAGCGGCGCCGGUGACGACUCCGACGGCGACGACGUGGACGACGACUGAGCCGAUCGAUCCCCCCAGCCCUCGACCCCGACGCCGGCCCCCCACCACCCCCCCCGAGCCCCGGGGCGAGCGGGUCCCCGAUCCCCCCUCCCAGCGACGGGGCACGGGGGUCCCCUGAGCCCCCUCCCCACAACAGCGACGGGGCCGAGGGGUCCCUGAGCCCCCCUGCCCCCUCCCAGCGACGGGGUGAAGGGGUCUCCAAAGCCCCCCCGGGUCUCCGCUCCCAGCAACGGGACGAAGGGGUCCCCGAGCCCCCCCCAGCAGCGGUGGGGCACGGGGGUCCCCGAGCCCCCCGCGCCCCCCCCCUCCUGCCGCCACCGGAGAGAGAGAAACCGGCCCGACCGUGCCGCUGCCCACCCCCGGCCCCUCCCCGGCUCCCACCGUGGGACCCCCGCACCCCAGGACUCGCUGCUUUGGGGGGGGACGGGGGUCACCCGCAGCCCCCUCCCCUCCCGGUGCCCCCCACCCAAACCAGCACGCCGGGGCCCCGGGGCCGAGCGGCGGCGGCAGCGCCGGGGGCGGGGGGGGCAGCGGAGGCACCUUGGACCAACGGCCGUUCCCUCGGCUUGUGAUUUUCCCUUCAUUUUCCUUUUUUUUUUUUCUUUUUUUUCCUAUUUUUCUCUUUCCACGAGUCUUUUUUGGGGGGGUUUCUUUUUGGUUUUUGGGUUUUUUUGGUGUUUUUUUGUUUUUUUUUCUUCCCGGGAUGCAAACUCCAGGCGCCCGAACUGGAACCCGCCCCGAGCUGGCGGCUCCCUGACAAUUAGGGAAGAUUUCCUCGGUUUUGCCGAUUUCUGACCGUUUUUCCCCCCCCCUCCCCGUUUCCCGCCGGGAAGGGGGAGGCGCCGGCACAAAGCACAAGGAAAAACUCGACGGGGCGAACCAUCUUCCCCUUCUCUCCAAAUAAGGCGCCUCCGGCCCCGUUUCACCAGGACCCGCCGGAAUCCGCCCCUUGGCUUCACCCAAAUUGGAUUUUCCGGCCCCAAAUCCGUGGCCACGCCCGGCCCCGGCACCUUGGGGGUGGAUUUUGGAGGUUUAUUGUUAUUUUUUGCCUCCUUUUGUCUUUUUUUGCCCCCCUGGGCCCGGCCCUGGCGCCGCCUGGUCCCUCCAGCCACCUCCUAUUAAACACAUUUUUCCACUCUCAAAUAGUCUUUUUUUUUUUUUUUUAAUUCUUUUUCACUCCCUCAGCUCAGUCCUGCCCUGUACAGAAUUCCGGUUUUUCACCCCGUUUUCCCAUAACUCUGAACUCCAUCGCUCUCAUUCCAAAGUUUUGCCUCUUCUUCUCCAACGGUUUCACCACUUGUAGGACUUUCCUUUUUUUUUUUUUUUUUUUUUUUUUUUCCCUUUUAAUCCAUUUUUGGGAGCCCAAUCAGCUGCCUCCUUAAUUUAUUACCACGGAUCCGGCAUCUCCCUCUCUCCAUAUUUAUUGGGAAGUGAGGAACAGCCGCAGACCCCUGGGGGACCCCCCACGCCGCUGUCCAUCUGUCCGUCCGUCCGUCCGGCCCCCUCCCGCCGCUCCCGCCGCUCCCGCUGCCGUCGCUCUUUUUAAAGGGAUUUUUAAAAGCGAAUUUCUUCCGUUUAUCCCGUUUUUAAGCCUUCUCCGUCGCAAAGGACCCGGAUCCCUCACUCACUCACUCGGGAGCAAUAGUCCUUCCUCGAUGGCCGAUGUGUCCUGUACUGUAUUUUGUACCCUCAGGCAGCUCUUUCCGGUGAAUUCCUGCUGUAUCCACCCAUCCUCCUGGUCCUGUGUUCUUUGCCACGGAGAAAAACCAUAAACCACGACGGCGACGACGGAUUUGGGGGGAAGAAAACGCUCCCAGCUCCGCGGGACUCACCGGCGUCCAGCCGCGGGACCUCUCCUUUUAUUUUUGAAGAGGAUGAGAUAUAUAUAUAUAUAUAUAUAUAUAAAAAUAUAUAUAUAUUCCUUUGGGUUUCUUUCUUUUGGCUGAAUUGCGGUGAUUUAGCCUUAUUUCUACUCUGGGAGAGCGGCAAAAUCGCUGCCGGCCCGGCCCAGCUCUGGGGAGCUGGCUAGAAAUACAUGGAAGAGGAAAAAAAAAAAAAAAAAGGCAAAACCACCAAAAUCCAGUAAUAAACCCAAAAAAGCAGCUCCCGGCGUUGGCUCAGGGAGCCUUUCCCGGCCAGAGAAGCGCUGGAUCCAUGGACACAACCUCCCACAGCUCCAUUUGGGUGGGAAGAGCAGAGCACAUCGGGGGAAGACAGCGGAAAAAAACAGCCAAAAUGAGAUAAAAUAGGGGAAAAAAGGGGAUUUGAGGUGCCAGCUGGAGCGAGAGGAGCGGCCAUGGGGGAGGGGAUCUUGGGGGGCAGUUUUGGGGUUUUUUUUUCUCUUGGAGCCCCCCAGGAGGCGUUGGGUGUUUCCCAGGAAAGCGGGACAACGCCGGCAUCUCCCCUGAACCCCCUUCCCAUCUCUGUGUGUAUAGACAUGGCUGUGUGUACAUAGCUCAGAUUCGGUUGGGUUUUGGGUUGAAUUCUGUAGAAAAUGGGCAAAUUGCUUUCUUUUUUUUUAUUUUAUUUUAUUUUUAAUCCACACAUAGGGGGAAAAUAUCCCGAAUUCCUGGUACUUCCAGCUUUGCUGCCCCAGAGGGGCUGAUGGAGAACGCCAUGAUGGCUGUACAGACAGAACAUUGGAAGUCUUGUACAAAGCCCCAAAACCCACUGGAAAAUACCCCAAAUGGCUGGGUCUGGAGCGGGUGGUGCUUCCAGGGCAAGUUCAAACAGCUUCAGUUCUUUUUGCCCUAAAAAAUACAAAAGAAAAUUCGGAUUCUCCUGCCUUGUUUCCAGGCGAUUUGGGGGCAGUGGGGGGUGGUUUGGGGGGGCCGUGCCAGUGGCGGCUCCUCACAUCGGUGACAAAACCAACCCAGCCCCUCACUGGCCUCUCAUAAAAAAAGCAAAAAGUGGGGAGAAAAAAAAAAAAAAACUGGAAAAGAUUUUAACAAAGCAGCUGAGGGAGCACUGGGGCUAUGCAGGGCGGUGCGCCACGGAGCUCGGCAGGUAUUCCCAGUGGGAAAUCCCAGCGGGCUCCGUGGAUGCUCCCAGGUGUUCCUGCAGGGCGAGGCCAUCGCCCUCCUCGCCCUCCUCAUCCCCGCGGAGCCGGUAGAGCCAGCGGCGCCGGGGCUGGGCCGCGCCGAGCCGGGGCUGGGCGUUGGCGGGACGAGGCAGAUCCGGGCGGGAGGAGCACGGAGCCUGCAGCCCCGGGGCUCUGGCCUGGGAGCAGACACGGGGCUGGGACGGCAUCGCUGGGGAGAGCGCUGGAUCCUCCUCCAAGAGCCACGCGCUCCCAGGGCUGGAUGUGCUGCCAGCUGGGUCCUGCAAGAAUUGUAUCCUCUGAAAGAUGGAUCCUCAGAGUGCCCGAUCCUCCUCGGAGAGCUGGGUCCUUCAAGAACUGGAUCCUCCAAGAGCUGGGUCCUCUGAGCUCCAGAUCCUUCUCUGAGUGCUAGAUCCUCCUCCAGGAGCCAGAUCCUCCUCCCAGUUGGAUCCUCCAAGAGCUGGAUCCUCUUGAGAGUUGGAUCCUCCAAACACUAGACCCUCCUCUUCGAGCUGGGUUCUUCUCCAAGCAGCAGAUCCUCCUCGGAGAGUUGGAUCCUCACUGAGAACUGGAUCCUGUGAAUGUUGGAUCCUCCUCCGAGCCCCGGAUCCUCUGGGAGCAGCAGAUCCCGGGAGCGCCGCCUCCCUCCCCGAGCGCUCGCCACGACGUCCCUUUGCCGAAAAGAGAGAGAAAAAAAAAAAAAAAGAAAGUUUUAUUCCUGUUAUUUUUUUAAUGAAAGAAAAACAAAAACUAAAGCAAACCUGCACUUUAGGCGGCCGGGGGGGCCGGGGCCCCCGUGUCCCUUCCCUGCGGCCGGCGGGGCGGCUCCAGGGGCCGGAGGCAGGUCCUGGGUGUUACCACUAGCGCAGACGAGGCCGACGCGACGAACUCCUCCUGCUCCGAGCACUCCUGACGUAGCAGAUUUUUGCAAAUGGAGUUUUACAGUCUAUAUUUAAAGAAUUGUAUGUUUGUAACAAAUAAAGUAUGCGGAAAAGUGAAUGAAAA